AUGGCAACUGGCAUGGACCACAUUGUGAGCAGAUGCGCGUCAGCCAAGACUGUCAUUGGGUGCUGUGACGCUGCCACGAAGAUGCAGGGCUCCACCAAGACGAUUUGGCGGGACGAGAUAGAAUACCCGCCGGUGAGUCCGUGCAAGAAACAAUGCAGGAGAUUGGUCCAUGGGAUGAACUUGAGGAGCAAGCACGUGCUUUGGGCAUCCUCACAAAGGAGGCGGCAAUGCAAAUUCUAUGGUAGGAUACCGUAUGGCUGCGAAUGCGUGUGCCAAGGGGGUAUGGGUUUUUGGACGUUGCCAAGCCUUGGUGUUUCUGCUGCGGCAGUAGCGCGCUAG